AUGGUCAAAAAUGCCUUGCUUCGGAAAUCUGGAGGACAGGGCAUUCUUGAAGAGUAUAAAUCCGAAAACACGCUGAAGCACCGCACUAGGAGGCAGCUUGUCAACAUACUGGCAAGUGAUAUGACUGAGAGACAUGGCCGGAUUCCUUCCCGUCGACAGAAGGAGAAGUAUGCGCUGGGAAUCAUUUCACUUUUUCCUGCACUUAAGGAUCCCUUCUCACCAAAAGGAUAUGUAAAUCAAGACUUCAACCUGCUGUUUGGUGCUGAAAAAAGUUCCAAGUUGUUGAACAAGUGGGACACAACAUUCAAGCCGAAGAUCAUCAAGGAGGCCACCCAGCUGACUCAAUCAACUGAUCUGCCUCGUCUGUUAAAAGCGGCUGAGAGGCACCCAGAGACUGGACGCAAGAAGACCAAGAUCAGCCCAACUGAUGCAGCUGAUAGAAUGGUGCUCUUCCACAAGUCAUGCAGCAGCAUAGAUGAAUGUCUAAAAGAAAGAGAGGGAAAGCAGCCAUUCAUCCUUGCGGUUGGCCUUACCCGUAACAAGAUUGACACCUACUAUUUUGCCGUUGACAAACAGCUCAUUCCAAUUCACCAUACCAGCUCACUGAGUGCGUUUGACGAACUUUUCAAAUGUCACUAUGUCUUCAACCUCUCGUAUGAUGAGUCCUUGGUCCAUCUGUACAUGUUUGUACAGACUACUGUAUUCAACAUCGAUGUUUACUCCACGGACGAGUCACCGCGUGUUCGUGUGUUGCGUGCCAAGAUGUUGAAUGACAAUGUUUAA